AUGACACUGAGUCAUUGUUGGGGACAGGCAGAUUGUCUUAAGUUGACUACGGACAACUUAACCGAGCUGUCUAGCUGGCUGCCGGCCACAUGUCUUCUGCGGCUAUACCAAGAGGCCGGAGAUGUAGCACGACUACUAGGAGUGAGAUAUCUGUGGAUAGACUCUCUCUGCAUUAUCCAAGACGGAGACAAGCUGUCGGACUGGCGUCAUGAAUCGACUCUCAUGGAUAAAGUUUACUCAGCAGCUUUUUGCAACAUCUCAGCAUCGACGGCUUCUGAUGCGCAUCAUUCUCUGUUCCAUGAUCGCAGGGCAGAAACUUACAUGUGGCAAACUGUCCAACUCAAGCGACAGGGGCAAACUUCAGUCUACCGUAUCGUGGACGAAGACACAUGGCGAACAGACGUGCACGACGCACUGGUCAAUUCGAGAGCCUGGGUACUUCAGGAGCGCUUACUUUCUCGAAGAAUUCUUCACUUUGGAGAAAGGCAGAUUUCGUGGGAGUGCCGGGAGAAUAAUGCGGCUGAGUUCUACCCAGAGGAUGUCCCACGGACUAUCCUUUGUCAAGUCAAUCCAUCUCCACGGCAACUUAGCCAAUUUGAUGACAAGCGCGUAGCAUUAUCCGAGCCCGAACCUGCAUACAAUGAUGUGCUAUGCGCUUGGGAAGACAUAGUCUCCACUUACAGCGGUAGCAGACUUUCAUUUUCUGCUGACAGAAUGAUUGCCCUUUCAGCCGUUGCGAAGAAAAUGGCACAAGUCUUGGACGACGAAUAUGUAGCGGGCAUGUGGCAUCGCACUCUGAAGCAGGAAAUGCUUUGGGCAGUCCGAGAUUCAGUGCCGAUUUCGACUUGUUCUGAGUCUUCCUACCGGGCCCCGAGUUGGUCAUGGGCGGCCGCAGAUGGUUCAGUGUUUUCAUCUGGGCGAGUGGUGUAUCCUACGGAGUUCUUCAUCGAGAUCGAGGAUUACCACCUGGAUUACGUUACUACAGAAGUGACUGGGCUUCUUGAAGGCGGCUGGGUUCGUUUAUGGGGCGCUCUGAAACCCUUGUGUCUUACCCGAACCCAGAAAACAGACGAGCUCAAUGGACUAGACUGGGAAGCCACGAUCAACACAACGAAAUAUCAAACAGGUGGGACGAUUAUGUCCGUAGCCUUGGACACCUUUCACCAGGACUUCGAACUUCAGAACGCUGAGUCGUCGCUCUACUGCAUUCCGUGUGCUGUAGAGGAGACGCAGGGGUUCAAAAUCAUGCUUCUUGAGAUACAAAAUCGAAGUCGGGGCAUAUUUCGUCGAAUUGGCAUGAUUACACAUCUUGACGAGGAAAGCCGAGAGCAGAUCCUGGGGCCCUGCGACGAUGAACACAGUUUUCCUUGUGAAGAAUACAGAAAUGGAAAACAUCUGAUACGGAUCAUCUAA